ACAUUCUUCAUCAGCUCACUCUCUCUCUCUCUCCUCUCUCUAGUAUUCAUCGCCCAAUUAAUUAAUAAAGUUAGCAAUGGCCGCCGCAGAUGUAGAAUUUAGAUGCUUCGUCGGUGGAUUGGCGUGGGCCACCACCGAUCAGUCACUGGAGCAGGCAUUUUCGCAAUUCGGCGAAGUCAUUGAAUCAAAGAUUAUUAACGAUCGCGAGACUUGAAGAUCCUGGGGUUUCGGAUUCGUUACAUUCUAAGAUGAGCACUCAAUGAAUGAGGCGAUCGAGGGGAUGAACGGUCAGGAUCUCGACGGCAGAAGCAUCACUGUCAACGAGGCUCAGUCCCGUGGAGGUGGCGGCGGCGGUGGUGGCGGUGGUGGAUUCCGUGGACCUCGUCGUGAAGGUGGUGGUGGUGGUGGUGGCGGAGGCUACGGCCGUCGUGAGGGCGGUGGUGGUGGUUAUGGAGGUGGAUCUGGUGGAGGCGGCGGUGGAUACGGCCGACGUGAGGGUGGAUACGGCGGUGGUGGCCGUGGUGGAAGCGGCGGCGGUGGCGGUUAUGGCGCUGACCGUGGCUACUCCAGCAGGGGAGGUGGAUCUGAUGGAACUGGAGGGAAUAGAAAAUUGGAGAAUUAAUUUGGGGUUUUUAUCUAAUUUGUAUCAGAGCACUUUGUGCUGUUAUCGGUUGUGUUUGGUUUCUGAUUCUGUGUUACUGCUGUUCGAGUUGUUAUUCUGCCUUUGUGUCGAUGUACAAAUCAAUGUUUACAGAUUUCUGGUGAAUGAAGUAAAUUGAGGUUUUUGCGCUAA